UUUAAGUCGCAGUACAGCCAGCACGAUCGUUAUCGCGUCGUAGUGCGUAUAAAUACACAGUGAAGUGACAAUCAAUGUACUUCUGCCAAUUCUGCAGAUUGACUUGCACAACGAAAGAGAACGGUCAAGGGAAACGUUGAACCUACCUUGAAUUCAUAAGUGUUGAGCCAUAUUGUUCAAUUUUCGGAACUUAUUGGACAAACUUUAAGUGAAAUAUACUUGGAAACGGGACUGUCAAGAUGGAAUGUAUGAACCGUUUUCAAGUUUUAUGUUAUGAACAAGUUGACCGGCUGAAUAAAGUGAUGGAAGAUGUUAUUCCAAUACACGGUCGCGGUAAUUUUCCCACUCUGGACGUCAAGCUCAAGGAUUUAGUACAGGUUGUGAGAGACAAAUUGAAGACAGAAGGAGUAUGUGUUAGAGAUAUUCGUUUGAAUGGGGGUGCAGCUAGCUAUAUUUUCGGAACGGACUCGGUCCGUUCAUACAACGAUGUGGAUUUGAUUUUUGGUGUUGAUCUCUCCCAUGGCUCAAACCAUGCAGAGCUUCAGAAAAUUAAGAAUUGCGUUCUUGGUUGUCUCGUUGAUUUUCUCCCAGAUGGUGUAAACAAAGAGAAAAUGAGCAGUUGCAGUUUAAAGGAAGCAUAUGUGCAGAAAAUGGUAAAAGUUUGCAAUGAGCACGGGGACAAAUGGAGCUUGAUAUCUCUUUCUAACAACAAGGGAAAGAAUGUGGAGUUGAAGUUUGUGGAUAAAAUGAAAAGACAGUUUGAAUUCAGUGUUGAUUCCUUUCAAGUAAUUUUGGAUAGCUUGCUGACCUUCUAUGAAAUUUCUUCUGCUCCAAUGAGUGAGAGAUUUUAUCCAACAGUUGUUGCAGAGAGUAUGUAUGGAGAUUUCUUGGAGGCAUGGCAUCAUUUAGACAAUAAGCUGAUUGCAACCAGAAAUCCAGAAGAAAUCCGAGGUGGGGGCCUGUUGAAGUAUUGCUGUCUUUUGACAAGAGGAUACAACCCAGCAGAAAAUGUAGAUAUUCGUGCAAUGGAAAGAUACAUGUGUUCUAGAUUCUUCAUCGACUUCAGUGAUAUAAAUCAGCAACGCCAAAAGCUGGAUGCUUACUUAAACAAUCAUUUCAGUGAUGAGGAGGACUUGAAACAUGAGUAUUUAUUAACAUUAUAUCGUGUUGUGGAUGAAAGCACAAUCUGCCUUAUGGGACAUGAGCGAAGACAAACUCUGAAUCUGAUUCACCAGUUGGCCUGCCAAGUAUACAUGGAACAAGAACGUCGUGCCCAAAACAAGGUGCUGGAGAUGCAGCAAUUCGACCAGUUGAACAAUCUGACAAUAGACCAAGUGUUUUUCCAUGGUCCUUUUUCAGUCUCCAACGGCACUCAUUAUUACAACAUUAUGCCUAAUGUGUUUCAGAUGAAUCAGAUGAACGCCCCCUGCCCUCACUGUCCACCACCACCAUUUCUUCAGUGCUCCUAAACGGUAAAGGAAUGAAAUUUCAAAAACGUGUGCAAGAAUAAAGUGCUUUUUUGUGAAAUGAUCCAUAUUCUGAGUGUUUAAGAAAGGGAAACUGUAAAUGUUUUGUAAGGAGCCUUGAAAAUGUUAAGAAAAAAUAACUGUGAUCUUCAAAUCUUUGAUUUUUAUCAGGGAUGUAUUUUCCAAUGAUCUUCAAAUAAUCGUGCGAAUCAUACCCAUUGUAUGACUAUGAUAAGGAAUUAAUCUCGUACAUGUAUGCAUGAUUUUUAAUCUACAGCACCUUUAGGUUUAUACCUGGUAGAGUCAGUAUGUUUAUCUGAUAACAUUUGUGUACUCUGAGCAAAGUAGUGUUAGAUUUAAGGACUUUUUUUGUAUGCAAUGGAACUUUGUGGAACAUUGAAUUGAGAAGUGUUUGUAGAAUGUGUUCAUGUACUUUGUGAAAUCCAAGUCAUGUUGAUUCUGUCAUGUUGGAAUGAACAACUGGAUGAAUUUUUUUUUUUUUUUUUGCUUCAUUUAACUUGAUAUUUUUUUUAAAGACAUACGCCUCACUUCAAUUGAUAAUUUUAAAAAGUUGAGGGGAAAAAAAGUUCAUAUGUUGUACAAAUGGAAUCAUUUUCCAUAUAGCGUUAUAAUUUAGGGAUUGAAAAAAAAAAUAUUUUUAUAUAAAAUCAGUCAUUAUAUUUUUUCAUGAUCAGAUGAUUGCCUGAUAUGUUGUUUGUGUGAUAAGUUUUUUUUAUCUGUGUGCCAAGAUCAAAAGGAAAAAAAUAACACAGCAUGUGAAAAUGUGCAAUGCACGGUGUUAAGAACGAAUAGGCAGCAACUAUUUUCCAAAGUAAACCUGUAGCAAUGAUACAUAUUUAUCACCACAUACUAACAGUUCAUCAGAAAAAUUAUUGCGGAACAUGUGAUUUCUGUUACAUCAUUGUUGUAUAGGGAAAACAUUUGAUUGUCAUAUCAAAGGUAUGCAAGUGUAUUGCUCCUGUAAUUACAACCUGAUGUAUUAGAUGUGUAAUUAAAAGACGUAGAAGAAAGAUAAGGCAAAAGUGGUGCACAUUGUUUAAUUUGCUUGUGUCUUGUGACCAUAGCACCUGUGAUGUAGAAGGUUCGACUAUGUGAUACAUAGUUUGUUAAA